AGGCUCGGCGCAGGCGCGCUGCGGCGGCAGUCAGAGGUCGGUGAAGAUGGCGUCGACGGAUUACAGUACCUACACCCAGGCUGCAGCUCAGCAGGGGUAUGGAACCUAUGCAGCAGCUCAGCCUAAUCAAGCAUAUGGCCAGACCACUCAGGCCUAUGCACAGCAGAGUUAUGGGACCUAUGCCCAACCCACGGAUACCACGUACUCUCAGGCACAGACAUCGGCGUAUGGACAGACAGCAUACGCUGCUGCAUAUGGGCAACCUCAGACUGAAGGGACAAGUGCAGCUUACAGUGCACCCGCUGCACCCCAGGCUUACAGCCAGCCUGUGCAGGCCUACAGCACAACUGGAUAUGACAGCACUGCUACCCCUCAAGCUACUUAUGGGCAGCAGCCCACCUAUGGUCAACAGCCUACCUAUGCUGCAUAUGGCCAGCAGACUGCUACAAGUGUUGCACCGACCAGGUACGCGCCUGUAAGACCACAGGAUACCACCAAGCAGGACGAUUAUAGCCAGCCCAGUACUGGGUACGCCCAGUCCAGUGUGGGAUACAGCCAGGCAAGUUAUGGGUACCCACAAAUGAAUGUCCACAGUGGUUACCCUCUUCAACCACCCAGCGCUCCUCCAUCUUUUCCCCCCACAAGUUACAGUAGCACCAGUCAACCCACGGCUUACGACCAGAGUAGCUAUACUCAACAGACUAGUUAUGGACAACCAGCAAGCAGCUAUGCCCCACCUCCUCCCCCAACUGGAGGAUACAGCCAGCAGCAGCCACCAACUGGAUACGGGCAGCAAAGCACCUAUGGACACCAGCAGCAGACAGACUACAGCCAGCAAAGCCAGUACAGUUCAUACAGACAAGAGCCACCAUCUAAUAACAUGAGUGGAUAUGGGCAAGACCAGAGUAGCUAUGGAGUGCCAACCAGCGUAUCUGAUACCCGAAGCAGAGGGGCACGUACAAGCUAUGAUCCAGGCAGCCGAGGAACUUCUACAGGAAGUAGUAUCAAUAGAGUUGACAGUCGUGGUACACGAGGUGCCAUGGGCGGUGGCGAUCGGGGUGGCUUCAGUAAGCCUGGUGGACCCGUAGAAGAGACACCGGAGCCCGAACCAGUUGCAGUUGCUGAGCCCCCACCACCCCCACCUCCACAGGAAGACCUGGAGACUGACACCAUUUAUGUACAAGGCUUGGGUGAGAAUAUAACUCCCGAAAGGCUGUUGGACUUUUUCAAGCAGACUGGGUCUAUAAAGAUCAACAAGAGAACUGGACAGCCUAUGAUCAACAUCUUCAUUGAUAAAGAGACUGGAAAACCCAAGGGUGAAGCCACUGUGUCUUACGAUGACCCUCCUGCCGCCGAGGCAGCUCUGGAAUGGUUUGAUGGCAAGGAGUUUGACAAUAACCCGAUCAAGGUGACCAUGGCUAGAAAGAAGCAGCAGCAAUCGCAGUCACAGAGCCAGCAACCACCACCGCUGACAUUCAACAACAUGCGGGGAGGGAUGGCUCUCCGUGAUGGCAGAAGUGGCCCAGGCCUCCCUGGGCGUGGAGGGCCCAUGGGACGUGGUGGCAGCGGAGGCAGUGGUGGUGGAGGCGGUGGGGGAUUUGGUAGCCGAGGAGGUCCUCGUGGCCGCGGUGGACCUUCUGGAAACACACAGCAGAGAGCUGGCGACUGGCGGUGUCCUAACCCAGCCUGUGGGAACUCUAACUUUGCCUGGCGAACUGAGUGUAACCAGUGCAAAGCUCCCAAGCCGGACGGCCCUCUCCCACCACCCUUCCCUCCAGGUGACCGUGGCCGGCUGGGGCCCAUGAUGAGAGGCGGUCGAGGGAUGGAUCGCGGGGGAUUCCGGGGGGGCCGGGGUGGAGACCGCGGUGGGUUCAGAGGAGGUCGCGGUGGUGAUCGAGGUGGCUUCAGAGGUGGCAGAGGCAUGCCUGGCAUCCCCAUGGGGGAGCUCAUGAGCUUCAGAGGCGGGCGAGGUGGACCAGGAAAAAUGGAUAGGAAGGGCGACCGUCGCCAGGACCGUCGGGAGAGACCAUAUUGAAGUAGAUGACGCCCGCCAUCUGCUUUUCUGUUUACUACAACAAAUAUUUUUUAAAAAUGUUUUAAAUUUGUAAUUCCGUAUUUAUAAUGUUGUUUGCAACAACAUUACGGCAAUAUUUCGGUAUUGUAUUAGUUUUUUUUUCAGUGGAUAUAGCCGAGUCAGGAAGUAAAUUUCAUGUUAGGGUGACUUUUUUUUUCUUUUUUGGCUUAAUUUUGGUCAAAGUGAAUGUAAUGAUGUGAAUGAGAUCCUGAAGAGCAUGCGAAACAACACAAAAAAUGUACAGUGCAUAGCUUUUGUUCUGUUUAUACUAUGGUGAUACUGCAAUAAAAAGCUGAGUCGCUCUGUUUUAGUCUGGCUUCCUGGAGUUCUGCUAAACAAAAGUUAAGUAACUUGGCAGCAAUGAGUCAAAACGCAGAUUACUAAAGUUUCGGAUAAUGGCAGUGAACUGAGCUUCUGCAGCUUAAUUAAAAAGUUCAACAGCUAUUAACAAAAAAAAAAGUUGCACGCGUCGUUUUGCAAAUUUUCAUUGCGCAGUAAUUGCUAUAGGAAAUCCAAAAGUAUACACUGGAUAAUUCCCAACCUCGCCCUCCCCAACCCAACUUCUGUGAUCUUACCAAAUGACCCCCAACUUUGCAUAUUGGCUAGAUUUUUGACCCCCCCCCCCCACCUUUCAAAAUGAUUUUAAAAAAAUAGCUUCUGAAUUGACUGAUGCGUGAUGCGAUCAAAUACUUACUUGCAAUCUGAGGUGAGGUACCCAGAUCUGUGACCAUUUCAAGAAUGCUUCAAUAAUCGUGGAUUCAUGCGAUUGGGGAAAAUAUAAUAGCAUAUUAGCCAUAUUAAUUCUUCAUACAAUGCUGCUUUUCAGUGGUUAGGCUUGCUGACUCAGGUAUUCUCUGUAAACUUUUACCUGUGAGACUAGCGAUGGUGUUUGAGUUUGCUUUGACUCGAGUAUAUUGCUGUGCGGCAUAUUCUCUUUCUUUGUGUGUCUCUCACUCGUUUAACAAAAUUGUGCUCCACUUAUAUUUUUUGGCUUUUUAAAAAUUUCAGUUGUGCCGAUUUUUUGUCUAGUUUCUUUUAUCCAACGUAUUAACCAUCAGUAAAUAGUGAGAUUACAGACUGCUCACUUCUCGUUUUCUUUCAAAGGAAGGGGGAAACAAGUGAUGUUUCCAGAGCUUUGAUGUUACAAAAAUUGAAAUUAACUAAGAUGAUUCACUCUGAUCAGAAAGAGUGCACAUCAGCCAACUCACUUUUUUUGUUAAAAAUAUGAACUGAGAAACUGUUAUUGGUAAACGUCCUUUUUUUGGAAGAUUUGUAAAAUUCUGAGCUUCGUAGGCACGUUGUUUAAAUUCUCCUUUCAAAACAAGAACUUGUUGAAUAUUGUUUGAGAACCGCCUAUGACUUUUACGGUUUAAACAACGCAAAAAGAUUGCAGAAUGUUGUAUUAUAAAAGUGAUGUGCAUUAUGACUGAAUAAUGCUUUGGGCAUAUCGAUAGCCUGGGUAUAAAAUAUGGCGUUUUCCAAACCACACACACCAUUAGAGUUCUGUAUUGCUGUUAUUUUUCUAAGUGAUUAAAACUUGAUUAAUAAAGGUUUUCUUUAUUGGC